UUCGUUUUGGAGUUUAGAACGUUUGGUGAAGUCUUUGUAAAAACGGACCCUCCAACCCUGCAAUAUUGAUUUGUUGACAUUUUAUUACAAACAAACGCCUAGUAGCUCGUGAAAAUGGAAAUGGACGAAAAGUGUCGAUUGUGUUUGAUUCAACUAGCGGAGCACAAAACAAAGGCCUCGAUCGAAGAGGAUCAAUUUAGUAUAAAACUUAAAACACUCUUCAGUUUUCCGAUCACAUCAAUCGAAACAUUUCCCUCGUCCGUGUGCGUACAGUGCGAGGAAAAAGUGAUUGAUUUUCAUUCCUACCAUGAGCUGGUUAAGAACAACCAGGAUCAGCUGUGGGCCACACAGCAACACAAAUGUUUCGUGGAAAUCAAGGAAGAACCAUCCCAGAGCAUAGAUUAUGAUGUAUUCGAGUUGCCGUUUGAGGAUGCAGAACCUAAUAAGGAAACACAGUCAAAAGAUACCUAUAAAACGGAAAAGCCUACCAACAGCGAGGAUGAUAACAGUCUCGAUAGCGAGCUGGACGAGGAGAAGUACGAGGAUGAUACGAGGAAGUAUGAGGAUGACGAUUCUGCCAGCAGUGUGGGGAAUAAAUCAGAAGAAAGUGAAUAUGAAGAGAACAAACCAUUGCAAAGUGUGCGGACGGGGAGGAUUAAAUCGAUACGAUUGGCACAGAAACGUAGAGGUCGUCCGCGAAAGAAUGACGCGAAGCAAGGAACAGCCCAGCCCAAGAAAAAUUCCACGACGCGAAGGUGCCAGCCGACGGAGGAAACCAACAAGCGCUUACAGGAAUUCUACGACAUGAAGUGUGAGCUUUGUGAGGAGAAGCUGGAAUCCUUCACGGCACUAAAGAAUCACUACUUCAAACAGCACGGUGUGCAAGGUUACAUCAAAUGCUGCGGGCGUACAUUUCACAGUCGCUACCGGUUGCUGGAACACGUGUCCUACCACGUUGGCGCGAGCAUGGUUCGGUGUGACAUUUGUAACAAAAGUUUCAGUAGUCGUAGCUACCUGUUGGUGCAUAAGAGUCGGAAACAUGGUCAAGCGGAAGAUCGACCCUACAAGUGUACCCAAUGCCACCAAUCGUACGCGAUGGAAUGUCACCUGAAGGCGCACAUUGUGUCACACGUGCGUGUGAACUGUACGAUCUGUGGAAAGGAACUGGCCAGCGCCCUUUCUCUCCGCACGCACAUGAUAAACAUGCACGCGAAGCGGGAAAAUCACAUUUGCGAUAGCUGCGGAAGAGAGUUCAGAAGCCGGCAAGCAUUUGAGCGCCACGUAAAACUACACAAGGGGUUGGAAGUAUCGGAGCAGGUUCAGUGUGAGAUGUGCUUGAAGUGGCUUAACAGCAAACGAGCAUUGAAGAUGCACGUUAAGCUAAUACACAUGGAAGCGGGCCAGACGUUCCAGUGCGAUAUAUGCGCGCAACGGUGUCCCAACAGUAGGGCUCUUGCGAGCCAUAAGCAGCGUGUACACGUGGAAGAGCGCUUUAAGUGUGAAGAGUGUGGCAAACUAUUCAAACGGCAACUUUAUCUGAAGGAGCACGUGGCAGCAUUACACACCCGUAAGCCGCUCUACUCAUGCGAGGUGUGUGGCGCCACGUUCAAUUCGAACGCUAACAAGUAUUCGCAUCGGAAGAAUAAGCAUCCGGUCGAAUGGGAAGCACGCCGGAAGCAACAGUUGCAGCAGCAACAAGAACAAUUGCAGCAGCAUCUGCAAGGUCUGGAAGAUCAGGAACAAAAGGUUAUCGUAGAAAUGGUUUAAUGUAGGGGAUUUAUCUCUAUUUAACAUUUGGCUUCUUUCGGGUGGUGACCGGGCCGGUUCCGUGCUGCAAAGACGGGACCAGUAUGAAAACCCGGAUGUAGGACUAACUAUCCAGUUAUGGAAAAAUAAAGUCAAAGAAAACCAGAAACGGUA